UGGAUUACUGUGAAGGAAAGCCACAUGACACUUGUCUACUCAGCAAUGGUAUUAAAUACCCCUGUCAGAGUCAAAGCAGGUGGUCCCUAUGUCGCUGUUAUUUGAUUGGUCCGCUAUUCUAAGCCACACGUAACUUUAUCCUUGUGAUCAGAGGGUACCCAAGGUGUUAGUUAGAUACCCCUGGUAACUGAAAAGAGAGUAGCCAAACAUAAUCCCAAGCAUUUCAAGAUGACUCCUGGAAAAGGUUAGAGCAGUGAAACAAUAGAACCCUGUGUUGAGGACAGUACCCAUUGGUGCGCGCACAUCGAUAAACAAUAACCCGGAUACACUUACACUACAAACACAACAGCGAGCUGAUCAAACUUUUCCUUGGAGCGGCUGCAAUGGCGACCACCUUGUCAACUGCUCGCCAGGAAUACCUUGAUGCCCUGGUUGCAAGUUUGGUGGACGGAGAGGCGUUGUCUGACUGCGCCACUGAUCACGUGAGACAACUGGGCGUGGACUUAAUGAGAGGUUUGGAGGAGAAGUACCGCCAUGUUGGGGAAGUCAUGCUGCAAAGGAAGGGUUGCCUUGACGAUGUUCGAACACUGUACCUCGAGGCAGAGACACAAGCUCUUGCAGAGUUCCAUGCUCACAUAAAUGCAGCUACAACUUCCGGUCAUGUUGUUGAUACCCACCGUCACCGCAGAGCUAUCCAGGCGUGCUAUACGGAUCUGGUUAGAAAUAUUGACAUCAAGAACACCACCCUGUCAGAUGAGUUUGUCGCUCAAGGCGUCAUCGAUGCCGAGGACGCCGACUCCAUGACAGGGAUAAAGUCAACAAAGGCUGCGAACGAAGCCUUCCUGAAACGAGCUUGCAUUAUGUUUGCAUUUGAACAAUUUGUGGAUACCUUUCUCCCAACUCUGUCCUCAUAUGUGCCGGAAGAUCUUGCAAGGAAAUUACGAGAUUUGACGGAUUCAGAGCCCCCAGGAUCUGUCAACAAAUGCCCAGUGUGUCAAGUGAAAGCGUAUGUCGACCCAAGACACAUUACAGAUGAAUUGUUUGAGAUGACCGCCAUUUCAUUCAACCUACAUUCAGACCUAAAGAAUCAGACUCUUAGUACUGAAUCCAGGUGGGCACGCAUCGUUGACACUGUGAAACGACCAGGGGAGAUCGUAGAGGCAUUGGAGAAGAUUCUUCCGUGUCGUGUCUUUGAGGAAUUCAAACUUGGAAGGGUCGACGAAUUCGUCUGCAGAUGUCCUGUUUCAAUGGGAGAAAAUGGUAUGGCUGAGGUUGCUGAGAUGGGAACAGCGGAACAGACAGUUCCUAAAAGUCUGCAAGAUGAAAGAAACACUGACACUGCCAAUGAAGGUACAAACUGCCAUGCCCACAGGACUGGUCUUCAACGGGUACAUCGCCUGUUGGUGACUUACUUACAAGGAAGAGGGCCGGAAUUGUUGGAGAAGUUGGACGAAAUAAACGCCAUCGAGGACUGCGACGUAAGAUCAAUAGCAGCAAUGUCAAAUGGGAAGAUGCAAGCUGAGGCUAUUCUCAGAAUUGUUCAGGAUACGCUUUCGUUUGGGCAGUUCGUGGAGAAGGGUCUGCCCAUAAUAUCUUCAUCCUGUCCUCAGUCAGUGUAUGAAGAACUGCGGACAGCCGUGUGGGUAAACUGGGCAAUGCCUGAACCCACCAUAUGCAGUGUGUGUCAGACAAGAAAUAGAAUUGACCCAAAACGACUUGCAGACAUCUUCUUAGGAAAGGAAUGUAUCACCGUGAACGUGCACAGUAACUUAAAAACAAGUGGAAUUAGUAAAGAAGAUAAAUGGGACAUGAUCUGUAAGAAUGUUCCCCAUGACGUCAUCCUUGCAGCUCUGAAGGAACAGUGUCCUGGCUUCUACGAAGACGCGCGCUUACAAGAUGUCACCAAGUUUGACUGUCACUGCGACAGUGACACCCUCAGCGCCACCCUCACGGACGUCGCCUGCAUGGAUGACGUCGAAAGUGUUGACGGCAUCGCUGAUGCUCCAAUGGAUAUUGACUCAGGAGAGAGACAGUCGAGGGCUGACCGAUCAAGGAGAAUAGGAGAGGUAUUUGUACAGCACUGCAGGAGGACCCACAACAGAAGAACAGACAGGAACACCAGGAAAUCUGUCGUCACAUCUCCUGUUGAUUACCUUGAUGCCGUUGUACAAAACAACCUUAGCGCUAAGGAUACCUUAGCCUAUGUUAUGGUAUUGGAGUUACGGUCACCUUAGCGCUAAGAUUGCAUUGUACAACGGCACCCUGGGUCUGUAUGCCUACUACCAUCGGAAUGGAUUCUUCACACGUCUCUACAAAAAUCUGAAGAACAGAUGGGCUCGACAUACAGGGGCGACACAUGAGUUUGAACAGCCGAGACGCUUUGUGUUCGAUGCGUAUGUGUUGUAUUCUACAGUAAGCAUUGCCUUUGUGAAAGAGAUACUAGAUCACAAGGAACUGUCUCAUUUCCGGUUCUGUGGAAGAUAUCCAUUGUACAUAGAAUCAAAUGUAAAAAUUAUUAGAUAUUGGUUGAAGUUAUUAACAAUGCCCUCACACCGAUUGCCAAGAAAAUGUUAUGAAAUGAUGAUACUAUAUGAUAGCCAUGGGAAACGUCAUUGGGUAACAUACAUAAAACAGUUAUUAUCAUCUAUCGGCUUCGGCAAUGCCUGGCAUGAACAAUUUGUAGAAUCUCAUUCUCACUUUGUCUGUACAGUUAAACAAAGACUUAAAGAUAUAUUCCGUCAAAAUUGGUUAACUAGUCUCUCAAU